AUUACCAGAGACUGCAGACACAGUACAGGAGAUGACCAGAGACUGCAGACAUAGUACAGGAGAUGACCAGAGACUGCGGACAUAGUACAGGAGAUGACCAGAGACUGCAGGCACAGUACAGGAAAUGACCAGAGACAGCAGACAUAGUGCAGGAGAUGAACAGAGACUGCGGACACAGUACAGGAGAUGACCAGAGACUGUAGACACAGUACAGAUGACCAGAGACUGCGGACAGUACAGGAGAUGACCAGAGACUGUGGACACAGUACAGGGGAUGACCAGAGACUGCAGACAGUACAGGAGAUGAUCAGAGAAGGCAGA